AUGGCCGACAUCAAGACGGGCAUCUUCGCCAAGAACGUCCAGAAGCGACUCAACCGCGCGCAGGAAAAGGUCCUUCAGAAGCUUGGGAAAGCUGAUGAGACAAAAGAUGAACAGUUUGAAGAGUACGUCCAGAACUUCAAACGGCAAGAGGCAAAGGGUACCAGACUUCAGCGAGAACUCCGAGGAUAUUUAGCAGCUAUCAAAGGCAUGCAAGAGGCUUCCAUGAAGCUCACCGAGUCGCUGCAUGAAGUCUAUGAGCCUGACUGGUAUGGGCGCGAAGACGUGAAAAUGGUUGGCGAGAAAUGUGAUGUGCUGUGGGAGGACUUCCAUCAAAAACUAGUGGACGGGUCCUUGCUGACGCUGGACACCUAUCUGGGCCAAUUUCCUGACAUAAAGAAUCGCAUCGCAAAGCGCAGCCGGAAGCUAGUGGACUAUGACAGUGCCCGCCACCAUCUGGAAGCUUUGCAGAGCUCCAAGAGGAAGGACGAGAGUCGCAUCUCUAAGGCAGAAGAGGAAUUUCAGAAAGCACAGAAAGUGUUUGAAGAGUUUAAUGUUGACUUACAGGAAGAGUUACCAUCAUUAUGGUCAAGACGAGUUGGAUUUUAUGUCAAUACUUUCAAAAAUGUCUCCAGCCUAGAGGCCAAGUUUCAUAAGGAAAUCGCAGUGCUUUGCCACAAACUCUAUGAAGUGAUGACGAAACUGGGCGACCAGCACGCUGACAAGGCCUUCACCAUUCAAGGAGCUCCCAGCGACUCAGGUCCUCUCCGCAUCGCAAAGACGCCGUCGCCGCCCGAGGAGCCCUCACCCAUCCCGAGCCCCACAGCCAGUCCCAAUCACACGCUGGCACCUGCGUCUCCUGCACCGUCCCGGCCUCGGUCACCCUCGCAGACAAGGAAAGGGCCUCCUGUCCCACCUCUCCCUAAAGUCACCCCGACAAAAGAACUGCAGCAGGAGAACAUCAUCAAUUUCUUCGAGGACAACUUUGUUCCAGAAAUCAGUGUGACGACACCUUCCCAGAAUGAAGUCCCUGAAGUGAAGAAAGAGGAGACCUUGUUGGAUCUGGACUUUGAUCCUUUCAAGCCCGACGUGCCCUCUGCGGGUUCUGUUGGGAUAACUCACUCACCUAUGUCGCAGACAUUGCCCUGGGACCUAUGGACGACAAGCACUGAUUUGGUACAGCCGGCUUCUGGAGGUUCCUGUAAUGGAUUCACUCAGCCCCAGGACCCUUCAUUAUUCACAAUGCAGACAGACCAGAGUAUGAUCUGUAACUUGGCUGAAUCUGAACAGCCUCCGCCCACAGAGCUGAAAGCAGAGGAGCCCCCCACCGCUGUGCCACCUGCUGCUGGGCUGGACCUUGGACUUGACACCCGGGCUGAGGAGCCAGUGGAGGGGGCAGCGAUCAUUCCUGGAACGGAUGCUGAUGUGACGGCUGGGACCUUGGUGCCGGCAGCCGAGGGGGCCCUAGUGGAGGAAGCAGAGACAGAGAAGGUGGCUCUUCCUGCUGGAGAAGGAGCCAGUUUAGAGGAGGCCAAGAUUGACACUGAAGCCAAGAUUGACACACAAGAGGCUGUAGACGGUGACAGAUCUCAACUGGACGAAACAGAAGCAGCGGCAACUCAGGAGAAGGUCAUACCUUCUGUCGUCAUAGAGCCUGCCUCCAACAAUGAAGGGGAGGGAGAACACGAAGAAACUGUGGCUACAGAGUCCAAGGAGGCGCCUGAUGACGUGGCUCUUCCGGGCCCCACGAGCGAGACGCCAGAGCUGGCCUCGGAGGAGCAGGAGGCAGGCGAGACCUCCCAGCUAACAGCCUCUGCAAGCCAGGCCUUCCAGGAGGUGCCUCCUGGCUUCCUCUACAAGGUGGAAACACUGCACGACUUCGAAGCAGCAAAUUCUGAUGAACUUACCUUACAAAGGGGUGACGUGGUGUUGGUGGUGCCCUCAGAUUCGGAAGCUGACCAGGAUGCGGGCUGGCUGGUAGGAGUGAAGGAAUCAGACUGGCUUCAGUACGGAGACCUCGCCACCUACAAAGGCCUCUUUCCAGAGAACUUCACUCGACGCCUGGAUUAGGGCCAAAAGAAUUGCAGAAAGAGCCUGAUGACUGGGUUUUUAAACCUUUGUGAAAACCUGAAGAGCUCACUUUUGCUGUGACACUCUCAAUGAUUUACAGACUGAUGCCAGCAAAACUUGGAAGGCUAUGUCAAUGGAGCAUGUGUGCAAAUAAAUGUUUAGAGAAAAAAAAAAAAAACAGGUAAAUUAAGGAAAAAGUCUUCACUGGUUCCCAUGUUCUUGCUAACAGGUUUGUUUGUGCUUUGUCCAAGCUGUGGAGACUCGUGUACUCGACCCCCUCCCUCCAGUUCUAAAGUAGCUUUCUCCAGACCAGAACCUUAAUUUCUCUGCACCAAGUGUAUGGUAUUGAGUGGCUGCCCUGCAGAAGACGUGAUGAAUUAUCCUGUAAUAUGAGAUUAUCUUAAUCCCCCUCGCAGGUGUGAGCACGUGCUCUCUCUCUCCCUUUCACGUUUACUGUGUUUAAACCGAAACCGCUGCAAAAGUUUUCACUGUUCUUUUCCAACACACCUCUCUCUAUAUAUAAAUAUAUGGACACCCAGUCACACGAGCUAGUUCCCAUCACUCCUGGAUCUAUGUGUAUGCACAAGGUUACAUAUACAUAGUUGCGCUCGCUCCUUUCCAUUGUAGCUUUUAGCCUCUUAAGUGUCAUUGAUACAUGCAUUGCUCUUACUCUGUCUGGCAUUACAGUUGCAGGUUUGCCCCCGGGCAAAACCAGCCAUCCCAUUGCCAAAACAGUCGACAGUAUCUGUGCUCGGAAUGUGCGUUUUUCAGGAUGUCAUGACGGAUAGCACGUCAGAGCUGCUGACCCUUUGGAGAAAGCAGAGUCUGACAAUCUGGGUGUCCGGCCGCUGUGGCUGGAGGUAAGCGAGUCGGGACCAGCAGCUAAAUUGUCUUAAUUUCUGCCUUUCUGAGAUUGGCUAGCUGAUGGGGCAUUUAAAUCCACCCCCAAAGGACACUAUUUCAAAAAGCUCCUAUUUCCACCUGUUUCUAUCGAUGCAACUCAUCUUCACAGAUUGUCGGAAAAUAAGAUAUAGGUGAUGUAUGCUGUAUCCACAAGUCAUCUGUAACGAUUCUGUUUUCAGUGCUGUGUCAUUCCAAAUAA